AGGGGGAGGGGAUCCUGUUUAAUUCGAGGUCUUGGGAGUGUGGGAGCAGGAGGAGGUUCCUCUGGUCCCUCCUCCCUCCUGGAGACCUGGGCUCCACCUCCUCCGCGUGCCCCCAGAUAUACACACACUCGCCGAGACUGGACAUGCACACCCAGCGCCGGCUCUGGGCGCGUACGCACACAGGUAGCGACAGUCACCUGAGCCUGUGCACUGGGCUCCCGCCUCCUCAGGAGCAGCGGUGGAGUGGCGGCCUGAACCGGGGAAAGGGCCCACUGUGCUGCGGAAAUCGGGGAAGCGGGAACAGCCCCAGCGCGGACCUGCGAACUGAGGUGACGUCGCGGUUUCCUUAAAUCCCCUCCUCCAGCACCUCCGCCUCCGCGCCUGCUCGGUUCUGCGCGGAGAACCCAGGAGAGAGGGGCCCCCGGCUCGGCGCACACGCGGGCGCACGCAGCAAGGCCAGCGCGCCGGCGCAGGAAACUUGGGCAAAGUUAGUUGCAAGUGCCGGGCGGCGGCCGAGAGGAGCGAGGUGGGGACGCAGCCGGUGGCGGGCCCGCCGCGCCGAGGCAGCGCCGCCUUCCACACUCUGAGCGCCCCGGGAUCCCCAGUCGGCCGGCGCGUCUGGAGGGGCUUGGAGCGAGGGGAGCCGGCAUGGCCCGGGAGCCGGCGCCUCGGCUAGUCGGGAGGAUUUCCUCUGAGGCCCGGAGACCCCAACCUUGAUCAAGCCUCAUCUUACCUUCGUCUCCGACCCGCAGUCUAAGAGGAAGGCCGGUGAGGCAGGUGCUGGCGGGGGCGGACAGCUCCCCACUUGCAAAAACAGCAGUCGAUUGGGGAGGGUUCCCAUCCGCGCGCCCUGCCCCGAGUCAGGAAGACCGGCUGGUGCUACUGCAUUUGUGUUGAUAUCCAUUGCUACGCGCUGUUUUCCCUUGGUGCGCCCGGACCCUCCUCCACCUCCCCCUCCUCUUCCUCCUCCUGGGCCAUCUCCGCUCCUCCUCCCCCACCCCCAUCUGCUACUGUCAAAUGAGAAAGUCACCGAGGAGAACCCAAACACUCCAGCCGCGGAGAGCCCCCUUUGGCACUUGGCAGCACGCGGAGGCGGGCUCCUGGGUUCAACUUGACGGAGCCUCUGCGACGCACCUUGCCGGGCUGCUGUGCGUUUAAGUGAAAAAACACCGAGGAGGGGGACAGCUCUGACAGGCAGCGGCUACCUGCGGGGAGUUCGCAAGGAAAAGCCACCAGCGAGGAAGGACAAAAAGAAAGCAAAGAGCAAACUGCCACCGUGGGGUGGGGACACCGCCGAAAAGUUAUCGUGCUCCGGAGAGGGUUUUCCCGAGCGCUCGGCCAGAGAGAUUAACGCAGCCCGAGGCGCGGCGCGGCCCUGGGCUGGUCCCCCGGCCCCCUCCUCCCCGGCGGGAGCGACCCCACCAGGGUGCGAAGUAGGGCGCGGCGAGCGCCGGCGGGCCGAACGUGUCCCCGCGGGCAGCCAACAUUGAUUUCCUCCGGGCCGAGGGCGACGGCCCGGGUGGCGGUGGCGGCGGCGGCGGCGGACUGCAGCCGCGGCACGGCGAGAGCAUGUCCAAGCCGGUGGACCACGUCAAGCGGCCCAUGAACGCUUUCAUGGUGUGGUCGCGGGCUCAGCGGCGCAAGAUGGCCCAGGAAAACCCCAAGAUGCACAACUCGGAGAUCAGCAAGCGCCUGGGCGCCGAGUGGAAGCUGCUCACGGAGUCGGAGAAGCGGCCGUUCAUCGACGAGGCGAAGCGCCUGCGCGCCAUGCACAUGAAAGAGCACCCGGACUACAAGUACCGGCCGAGGCGCAAGCCCAAGACGCUGCUCAAGAAGGACAAGUUUGCUUUCCCGGUGCCCUACGGCCUGGGCGGCGUGGCCGACGCCGAGCACCCGGCGCUCAAGGCGGGCGCGGGGCUGCACGCGGGCGCCGGCGGCGGCCUGGUGCCGGAGUCCCUGCUCGCCAACCCGGAGAAGGCGGCCGCUGCCGCCGCCGCCGCCGCCGCUCGCGUCUUCUUCCCGCAGUCGGCUGCCGCCGCGGCCGCCGCAGCCGCCGCCGCCGCCGCGGGCAGCCCCUACUCCCUGCUCGACCUGGGCUCCAAGAUGGCAGAGAUCUCCUCGUCGUCGUCCGGCCUCCCGUACGCGUCGUCGCUGGGGUACCCCACCGCCAGCGCGGGCGCCUUCCACGGAGCGGCGGCCGCGGCUGCAGCGGCUGCGGCGGCCGCCGGGGGGCACACGCACUCGCACCCCAGCCCGGGCAACCCGGGCUACAUGAUCCCGUGCAACUGCAGCGCCUGGCCCAGCCCCGGGCUGCAGCCGCCGCUCGCCUACAUCCUGCUGCCGGGCAUGGGCAAGCCUCAGCUGGACCCCUACCCCGCGGCCUACGCCGCCGCGCUAUGACCCCGCGGGGCCGCCUAACGAGGACCAGUGUGCGCACUUGUACAUAUGUGUAAUAGGUACGAGCUCUGCGGCCACCCCUUGCGCCCUCCCGCGACGGGGACCCCGGUUUGUUUGUACAUAAGCUGUAUAGGUGCCAGGCAGAGGCAGAGAUGCCAGUCGGGGCGCGAGUGGCCGAGCGCGCGAGGGCGCGGGCGAGUGUGCGUGUGAAUUCACAGGACCAUUUCAGACCCGCACAUCGGCAGCCAGCUUUACAGAGGGCAGUUGUAUCCGGCAGCAGCGGUUGGUGUCUGUGUUGCACUUGGGAACCUGUUGCGUUUUUGGCCCACAGAGGUGGAGGAGUAACUUUGUGACGUGUUGGGCUCUCCAGUUGGCGUUCGUUGGAAGUUUCUUGUCGGUUUCAUUUUUUUUUCUCAUUAUCUUUCCCUUAUUCUCCCCCGCCCCCCGGUCUAUAUGUUGCAUGCAUUCUGAUUCAGUGCUGGGUCUGACAUGGCUGCACAAGGGAAAAGCUGAUCUGUGUCAUUAGUUUCUCGGAGCGGGAUGGCUCUGAGCAGCCUUGCUCCUUAUUUGUACCAUUUGAACUUUGCAAAUCUCUGUUCUCUCAAGCAGAACCCCUAGACCGGAUCCAUUCGUGACCAGUGACCUGCUCGAAUCUGGCCUUUUGUGUGUGAGAUGAUCGCGGUUUCUUUUGUUUAUCACGCCAUAUGCAAAUCAGAGCAAGAGCUCGCUCGCUCUCGCUCUGUCUCUCAAGAGCCAGGAACGCAAACAAGAAAUUUGUGUGAGAUGAAAAGUUGUCAGUUGGAUUCUCUCCCUUAAAUAAUAAAAAAACAACAGCUAGAAAUCACCUGGGAGUCCCCACUCCCUUGGAUUCUGACACAGUUUACACAAAAUGCAAAGGCCCUGUUCCUGUUUCCCCCUAUGGCUGCGUCCACCCUCAGAUUGUAAAUGUGUACAUGUCUGUGCAAACAUUGAGUCUGAGAAUGUGUUAUUUGCGUUGCCCUAAAUCUGGGUCGAUUUUAGACUCUAAAGCAUUUUGAGCUAAUGUCAAAGUUAACUUUAAAAAAUUGCGGGACUACUUCAGAGUCGCAAUUUUAUCUAAGAUUAAAUCAGACUUUUUUGUCUGAGUGGUAAUUAUAUAUUUAUUAUUUAGCAAAACUGAAAAAAUACCCACAGAAUUGUUUUGACAGAUGUCUCUCGUUGUCAGCUAGCAUUUCUCCACCGACUCGAUCCAUUUAAAUGUGUUUUGGAGUUCCCUCCCUAAUUAGCUUAUUUUUUAGAUCAUCUGCAAUUCAUUUGCAAUUUAUGAUAAAGCACAUUUUAGAGAAAAGAAACUUCCUCAAUUAUAGCUUUUGUGUUUCUUUUGAAAUGUAUAUAUUUUGACUAAUGUUUGUGAAUGAAGUUGGCUAACAUGUAUUUAGUUUCAUUUUGGCUUUAUGUAAUAUAAAGUUUUUAAAAGUUUAAGUAUUGGUUUUAACCUUUAUGUGUAAAUGGUUUUCUUGUGUGAUCUAAUUUAAUAUUAGACGUCUAAACUAUAUCUGUAAAUUAGAAUCCGACUAUCACUCUGUUCAUUUUUUUUUUGAACAAAGAGUUUAAAUAAAGCCUGAACCAGGGAAAAGAGAAAAUCCUCUUUUUUUUUUUUUUUUUUGUCGAGUUCCUAACAAGAUUUUUAUCUGAAUUGCCCUUACGUGCCUGGUCCAGGUGAAGUGUAAGGUAUCCUCCAAAGGCAGCCUUUGUUUCACUUUUGAAUAGAUUUACUAGGAAAUCUAAAUCAAGCCAUUGUUAUUCAGAGCCAAAAACCUGAUUUAUCACAUUUUUAAUCGUGAAUAGGAAAGAAGAUUUUUGAAAAACCAAGUAGUUGUAUUAUCUUGGG